AUGUCUGGUAGAAAAGUUGGCUUCAAUGAAGCCAACCAAAUAUCUGAGGCUGAUUUGUCACAUCUUCCUUUUGAAAUUGAUCGAGACUUUCCCAUUAAUUUUUGUACCGAACUCGUGGAUAACUUACUGCCGUCCCUCAUAAGGCGUGGAGUUAUACGGGUGUCUAAAAUAAAACCUGACUGUACAGAUGGCGAGUUAAUAAAUUUACCUCAAUAUAAAUUCAUGGCAGUCAAUGUAUUUGAUCCGAAUUGGGUACCCGGGGAGCUGCUGCUAAUUAGAUAUCUCCGCACUCCCGAGGAGCAAAUAACGAAAACCAAACCCACGAAUAAUAAACUUGCAACUGAUUAA